AUGAAGACUCAGACGCUCCUCUGCCUGUGCGGCCUGUCACUGGUGCCCCUGCUGCUCAGCAUCGAGGCCCGCAGUUUAGCCUCGAUCAAGGAGAAGAGCGACGACCUGGUGACCGGGCGCACGGGCAUGCUGUCGCGCUUCGAGCCGCUCAUCUCGAACAUGGUGGUGCCCUUCCUGGUGGCCACCGGCGUCGUCAGCCUGGUGCGCAUGGUGCCCUCGGUGGUGUCGCAGAUACCCAACGUGUUCGGCUUCGCCAAGCGCCACGGCUACACCGAGCUGCCCCGCGAGGUGCUCGAGAUAAUGCAGAUGCUCGACGGAGCGAACAUCAAGUACGAUGUGCAGCAACAGCAGCCCCAGCAGCAUGUGUACCACACCACCAACCAGCGGUACCCCCUCUACCACCAGCAGCAGAUCUACAAGGCCGCCGCAGCAGCCGCCUCGAGCAGCUCCAAGCCUCACAGCCAGCAGGGCUGA